UUUUUGAAUUUAAAACUUGUGUGGCAAAUAAACUCUAUCUUUGUGUAUUUAUAUGUGAGAGGAACUUAAGAAUUCUUCAUCAUCAUCUUUUUUUUCAAAAAAAGACUUGAAUCUAUAUCUGGAUCAUGUAGAAUCGAUUUUUAUAUUCAUUCAUUGUCAUCAUCAUUCCAACAAAACAGCAGCAGCAGCAGCCGCCGCAAAUUGCCUUUUUAUUCCCAUUUCCAAAAAAAAAAAACAGAUUCGAAUCAAGAAUACAAAAAAAUUUUUAUUCUCAUCAGACUCAAAAAAAAAAAAAAAAAUUUGUCGUUAGUCAAAUGACAUAAUUUGUUCACUGUUUCUUCACAAGAAAAAAAAAAUUCAGAAUAAUUCAUUUUGUGACGAAAACAAAAUUUUUCUUUCACAUUUUUUUUUUUUGCCUUUCAUUUCAUUACAUAGAUCUUGUGUGCUUCAAACUGACGAAAAAAAAACAAAACAAAAUGCAUAAUCUUUUCAAAGAAUUUUUUGCCGAAUUAAUCGGCACAGCCAUUCUUAUGCUAUUAGGUAUUAGCGGUGCUGCAUGUACAGUGCUAACGAAAGCACCUAUGAAUCUGGCAUGUGCUUUUGGUUAUGCAUUCGGUGUGAUUAUUGCCUCCAUAUUUGCUGGUCCUAUUUCCGGUGCCCAUAUUAAUCCUGCAAUUACAAUUGCAUUUUCAGUGAUUGGAAAAUUUCAAUGGCGUAAAGUACCAGUGUAUUUGAUUGCACAAUACAUUGGUUCAUUUAUUGGUUCAGCAUUGGCAUAUUCAAUCUAUUUUGAAGCGAUUCAUGGUUUUGAUCUGGACAAUGGUUAUAAUAAUGAUAACGUAACCGAACCAUCAAUGAUUACGGCUGGUAUAUUCAUAACAAUGCCAGCCAAUCAACAUACAACAAUUUUACCAGCAAUUUGGGAUCAAAUAAUCAGUACAGCAUUGCUUGUUUAUGCCAUACUAUUCAUUGGUGAUGAAUUGGCCACACCAAAAUUGUUGCAAACAUUAACAACUGGAUUAUUAAUACUUACAUUCAUCAUUGGUUUCAAUUAUAAUUGUGGUGCCAUUCUGAAUCCAGCUCGAGAUUUAGCUCCACGGAUUCUUUUAUCGUUCAUCGGCUACGAAUCAAGAGUGUUUGAACCUUUGAAUUAUAAUUUCUGGUGGGCAGUCGGUAUUGUUGCACCGCAUUCUGGUGCAAUAAUUGGUGCAAUUGGUUAUUUUUAUAUGGCCAAAAUGAGACAAUCAUUUGUGGAUGGUGAUAAUAUUUUCAGCCUGGCCAAUGCAGAUAUUAUUCAAGCAAAAAGUAUUUCAUUGAAUAAUUCAUCAUCACAAGAAAAUGGCCGCAUUAUUAAUCAUCAUCAUAAUCAUCACCAACAACAACAAAUGACAAAUCGACAGAUGUUUCAUGAUAAAGUAAAUACUGAAUUUCAUCAAUAAUUCUCGAGAAGAAGAAGAAGAAGAAACGAAAUUCGGACCAUUUCGAUAUUCGAAAUCAGUAUUUUGGAAUGCUGGACGAUGAAAACAAUUUCCUGAUUUUCCAUGAUUAAUAAUUUUUAUAUAUUCAUACCA